ACGAAACACACAAACACGACUGACUUGAGCACCUCCUCACCAUCGUUUCCUUCCAAUCAUGUCUUUACCCACUGACCCUAAACAAUGGGUCAAAGAGCGGUUCCUCAUCUCCACCGAUAAGAAUCUCUUAUCUCCCACGGCAAUCAACCACGCCUUCGCACAGGACUGUCUUUACUGGGCCAAUCCUGUUCCGGAGGAAGUGUUGCGCAGCCUGAUCGAAAACUCAUUCUGCUUCGGUCUUUACCAAGUCAAUGCUCCUCCAUUCCAAGACGGCGACCACCAUGAUGCCGCACUUCAGAAGCCCGACGCAGCCCAUGUCGAGCAGAUAGGGUUCGCGCGGCUGAUCACUGACGGCGUCACCUUCGCAUACCUGACCGAUCUCUACGUGCUACCGGAGUAUCAAGGCCAUGGACUUGGGGGCUGGCUGAUCGACUGUGUGGACGAAGGUAGUCCGUCCGUUGCCGCACUUGCGGUGGUUCAUGUUGCGGACCUCGGUUGCGAAGAGCCAAGCCUCUUACGAGAGUCGGCUGGGGAUGGAGGUCCUCGAGUCGGGGGAUAUUAGCCAGGGGCCGGUCAUGAUGGGGAGGAAG